AAGGAGGAAUGGGCGAAUAGGGGUACUAUUAUGGGUCUGAGGCGUAUUACGUGAGCAAGCCACAGUUACGUAAAUCCCUGGUACCUAGUAGUCAGCCAGCCACGUCUUAGUGAGGGGCGGUCUGCAGUUAAUGACAAAGUGGCGCUUCUCAGAAUUUCGGCACCUUUCAACUGCUGCUGUAUCUUAAUCGCAACACGCGCUUCGAACACUCAUGAAGGUUCAUUAUUUGUAAAUAUGGGUUUGGGGACCGGUUUUGCGUUUUGAAGUUAUAUCACGGCGUAAUUGACGCGCCUGCGCGAUCAUCAUGCCUCCUAACAGUCGCGUCUGCGACAGGUGCAUUAGGAGAAAAGUCAAGUGUGAAGCAAGAACCUGAGCGAAAAUUGGUAGUGUACGACUAACAAUAGCACUAGGCGACCAACAACGGCCUCAUUGUUCUCGUUGCUCUGAAUCUGGUUUCCCCUGUACAUAUUCGAGAGAGAAGCGAAAGCCGGGCCCACCUCGUGGACUUCGGUCAAGAUUCCGUCCAGUUGCGCCAGCUAAGGAAAAUCUGGUCAAUGUUCGGGGCCAUGAAUCCAGCCAUAACGGCCCACCACGCGAGGAGGUUCCUCUGCGUGAGACUCCCUUGACUCUUGGGACACAACAACUCAUGUCAUGCUGGGACACCGGCUUGUCGCUGCAUACACCACUGAUGCUACCUGGCGUGGAUCAAUCUAAGUUCCUGGGCUACUACUUAAAUCCUUAUCAAGAAAGAGAGACAUUAUCACGCUUCUUCGACGACAUACAUACUGCUAUACCAAUACUUCAGAAGGAUCGGUUUCUUAGGUUAUAUGACGAAGGUAGAUAUGAUUACGAUCUAGUCGUGGCUAUAAAUACGAUUACAGUCAAGCUACUCGGGCCAAUGGAUUUCUGGCCGUCCGAGGAUGUAGACAUGUGCAUAAACUCGUUACUCAUGACGACAGCGUAUGAAAGCGACUUUUCGGCCUCUCAGACCAGCCUCAUCGACUUUCAACGGGAAUGCAUGCUUGCAUACUAUGAUUUUCAUGAGUUUCCUGGGCCUUCGGCUUGGAUGAGAAUAAGCCGAUUGACACGCCGGGCCUACGCGAUGGGACUUAAUCAAAUAGAAAACCCCGAAUUAUGCUCAGCGUACGAUGCCGGGGUAGCGACGGAGGACGAGAUCGAAGAUUGGAGAUAUGUAUGGUGGUGUGUCUAUUGCUUCGAUUCCUACUCCAACAUGUCAUUGGGUACACCCUUUAUAGUCGACACAGAGAGUAUAACGACGGCGCUUGUUAGGCGAUCAUCGGACGAUGACCACGUACCACCCCUUCCGAAGUUAUUCUUACCCGAUGACAUUGGUGAAUUGUGGAGAACGACACAAGAGGUUAUGUCGAGCUCUGGUGAGACGGAGUUCAAUCUAAACAUUCUCACUACCACCGUUCUUCGUCAGGCCGGAAAUAUCUUAAGAUUCAGAUACACGAAGAAGCAAGUCAAGAACAAAGCCGAAAUCUUAACUAGUAAUCUUGCUUCAUUGCGACUCGCUCUACCUCGGCACUUCCUCAAUCCAGCACGUAAUGCUCUAAUUGCGGAGUCGAGUCUUUGUCACCACAUCCGACUUACAAGCCUCUUCCGUUUACACAUGACUCGCCUCAUUAUAUUUUUACCUCAAGAUUUUGCGGCCGACAAGACGGAGUGGUUGAAUAACUGGCAACAGAUCCUCGGAGCUUGUCAGGAUGUUGUCACAGUAGUUGAGCAGUGGAACAACCAGUUCUCAUCCCACGUAGACCCCGCAAUCUGUCUCAUCGCAUUCGUGACGCUCUGGAUCACGAAUCUACACAGACGGUGCAUUCCUGGUAUAGUUUCACCACUCAUGAAUAGUUUACUGCGCGCCGAGAACAAUCUGAUCUUAUUCUUGGAACAAUUCUCGAGGAUGUGGGCGUUGCCUAAGCUUUUACUUCAACUAUUCAAAAUCUCUUCAAACGAAGAUGCUUUGACGUAUUCCGACGUUGAUCAAGUUUUAAACCAGAUCAGAAUGCCGUUAAACCCCAAAAUCAUGCGCCGAGCAUGUGGAUUGGCUCCUGACGUACGUGGAGGAUUUGAGAAAAACGCUGCCUUCAUCGAUAUGCGAUCUUUGGAAACACAGAGUACGGGCGUCUGGACAUAAGCGAAUUUUUCGCAUAUUGUCACUAUAUACAGAAUCAAUUUUGAUCUAUCAUACAUGUAAUUAUCUCAACAAAUUUCUCUAGCGCCGUUUUUGGUCAAUUUUGAUAUUCUCGGAACUAUCCGAUGCAACUACCUAAGGUAAAUAGCACACAUUGAAGCGCCCGGGCUUGGGCUCUGCGACUCACGGCUAACCGUUAGCGGGGGCGCGCUAUACUUAUCAAAUCUAUAGUACUCCAGGGCUCCAGGGAUAUAUUAGUAGCGUAUAUACCUAGGUAGUGUCAACCUGUCAGUAUGAACGACGGUUGUAAGAUGUUUAAAUUGUUGUCUGUAUUCAUGAUUUUUCUAUUUCUAGAUUCAGUCAAUUAUAUGGUAAGACAUUUCGAUUAUAUAAUUUAUUGUU